CGCUGAUCAAAACCAUCUCGCAUACUCGCACCCCAAAAGAUCAAAUCGUGUGGCGAGUAUCGUUCCAACGGUCACAACGAUUUCCUUGCCAAGCAAGGAAAGCCUCAGGUUACAUUUGUCUCAGCAUACCACUUUUUUACCAUCCCCAAGCCUCCUUUCACACACAUCAAAUCUUGGAUCACCGAGCACCGGUGUCAAGCCGUAACCCUACCUUCGAUAAGCAGUUUGGAUGUUUCCGCCAUGUCUCUGUUCUUCCCAUCGCCUCUCGCAAACACAACCUCUACUCCUAACGAAAAAGACGUUUCGACAUAACUCUAUAUUAGACUUCCGCAACGUCAAACGACUACAUAUCGAUUUUUUCCCUCGGCGAUCGGAUUUUUUGUCUCUUUUUUUUCCAUUCGUCACGAGUUGCAAGGUGAGGAUGGAUGACCUGGAUCAAUUGGGGUCACUGCAGAUCUUGUACUGUUUUCGAGGACAUGUUGCGAGGAAACGGUAGUUUGGGAUCCUAGAUAUAGAUUCUAGAUAGAUCGAC